AUGGUGAGCAAGGCGGAGAGUGGGGAGGGGACGCAGGACGAGAGAGGUGACAUGGAGACAGGAGGCUGAAACCUCCUUCUCGUGCUAGGUUUCUUAGCCCAGGGCAAGACUUAUCCAUGUGGCUAGCUCGCAACUAACAGAGCAUGAAGAUGCAGCCAGUAUUUUUCAAGAUGGAAAGUUGUUCAGUAUAGCGCCAGAGUUGUAUCAAGGUAUCGCGGGUCUUUUCUUUAGGUGAGGCACGAUGAGCCAGGAUGCUGUGGUGAAGGCGGUGGAGGAAUCUAGGCAGGAGCUCGAUGAUAUCCUGCACUCGUUUGAAGCUUGGAUAAACAAGAAGAAAGAAGCUCUGAAUGAGAUUACUGGUAAAGAAUCUCCCGAGGAACUGAAGGAGAGGGUUGCCAGUAUUGGGUAUGACGAAGAGCUUGAAGCUGUUCUCCGGACUAUCUCGUCGUUCCCAUCCUCUUUGAAACAUCUGUCGAACCUGUCCCGAACUAAGAACCAGAUUGUUCCUUUGUCUGGACAGCAGGCGGCGGGAGCAGCUGAAGAUGUGAUAUCAGCUGAUGGAAAGCUUCUACUUCGCCGAACAACCGCUACUCAAGGAGCAGUCAUCCAGCAUGACUGGGCGCUCUUCGUCUGCAGGCUGUCUGACGGACUCCUGUCGCUGUAUGAGUAUGAGUCCAAGCCAGAGCCAAAUAUCGAGAUUGAUCUGAGCAAGUAUGUGUUCGAGUAUGCCGGCGGUGAGGGAGAGAAAUGCGGGCUGAAGGAUUUCUACUUGAAGG